UGACGGAACAGGAAGUUAAACAGAGCGGUUAAAGAGCGCCGAGACAAGUGUAAAAGCGGAUAAUUUGACAUGUUUAAAAUGGAACAGCACAAUUAUUUUCCUGCUGAUAAAGGAACACCGGCAGCAACCGACCGUACGUCACCAAAGAAAAGGAAAUACGCCGCCGAAAAACGUGUGCGCGCGGCAGACGCCGGGAGCUAACGAGAGUAAACAUCGCUGUUACCGAGUGGAGUCACUGAUGUUUACAAACUUACAGAUGAACGGGACAGAAACCCCCAAAAGCAGAACUAAAACUAUUCAGUGCACACGGAUCACAUGUUUCCUCAUGGAGCGAGACCAACUUGGGUUUCAGCCGUGGACAUGUCUCAGUCUCUGGGAUGGCUGUGGGCUCUGGCCGUGGGUGUUUUCUCGGCUCACGUUCUGCAGAAACUCUACUUCCCGUACUUCUGGAUGGACGCGCUGUUCCUGCUGAAGGUGGUGAAGUGCGGUUUGAAGCUCGAGCUCCAGAAGUUCUCCUCCAGCGUGACCACGGUGAUGGACAUGUUCGUGCGGCAGGCGCAGCGCGUGCCCAACAAGCCGUUCGUCGUCUACGAGGGACGCGUCCACACGUACCGGGACGUGGACGCGCGAAGCAACAGGCUGGCCCGUGUCUUCCUGGAGAAAGUUGCCCCGAGGAAAGGAGACUGUGUGGCUCUGCUCAUGAGUAACGAGCCCGACUUCCUGUGCGUGUGGUUCGGCUUGGCGAAGAUCGGCUGCCCGGUGGCUUUUCUCAACUUCAACAUCAAGUCCAAGUCUCUGCUGCACUGCGUUCACAGCUGUGGAGCCAAAACUCUCAUCGUGGGCUCAGACUUAGUGGAAAGCCUGGACGGCGUCCUCAGCAGCCUGCGGGAGGACAACAUUGAGAUUUGGGCCAUGAAGAACCACAGCGAGGACACUCGGGUGAACACCUUGUUGGAUAAGAUGGAGGCUGCGUCUGAGCGGCCUGUACCAGCGGCAUUACGUGCCACCAAGUCUUUCAAAACCCCUACUCUGUACAUCUUCACCUCUGGAACAACUGGUCUCCCUAAAGCUGCAGUGAUCACUCACCUCCAGUGUGUGAAAGGAGCGACCGGCUUUGGGGCUUUUGGAGGGACUGAAGAUGACGUGAUAUACAUUACUCUGCCGCUCUACCACAGUGCGGCUUCAUUGAUCGGGAUAGGGGGAACCAUAGGGCUGGGAGCGACCUGUGUCUUGAAGAAGAAGUUCUCCGCCUCCCAGUUCUGGAGUGACUGUCGGAAACACGACGUGACUAUUAUCCAGUACAUCGGUGAACUCUGCAGAUACCUCUGCAACCAACCUAAGACGGCGGCAGAUAAAGUUCACAAGGUGCGGCUGGGAAUUGGGAACGGGCUGCGGCAGGACGUGUGGCGGGAGUUCCUGAGUCGCUUUGGGAAUAUUAAAAUGUGCGAGGUCUACGGCUCCACGGAGGGAAACCUGUGUUUAAUGAAUCACAUUGGCAAGAUUGGAUCUGUGGGCCGGUCCAACUUCUUCUACAGGUUCCUGUUUAAGUAUGAUCUGGUUAAGUACAACAUGGAGAAAGACGAACCAGUAAAAGAUGAGCGUGGUUUCUGUCAGCGAGUGGAAACAGGAGAGACGGGGCUUUUAUUGUCCAAGGUGAGCGCCAUCACCCCCUUCUUUGGCUACGCUGGAAACAAACAGCUGACUGAGAAGAAGCUGAUGAGAAACGUGUUUGUGAAGGGCGACGCCUACUUUAACACCGGUGACCUGAUGGCUGAAGACCAGGAGGGCUUCAUCUGCUUCAGGGACAGAGUGGGAGACACUUUCAGGUGGAAAGGUGAAAACGUAGCAACGACGGAGGUGGCAGUGAUUCUGGGGCAGGUGGAUUUUAUACAAGAAGCCAACGUGUAUGGAGUGGAAAUCCCAGGACAUGAGGGCAGAGCAGGAAUGGCUGCCAUGAUUCUGAGACUCGGUCACACGUUUGAUGGGAAGCAGCUGUUUGAGCGUGUGACCGCGGAUCUGCCGUCGUACGCUCGGCCACUCUUCAUCAGACUUCAGGAGGUGAUGGAGCUCACGAGCACCUUCAAGCAGCGCAAGUUGCAGCUGGUGCAGAGCGGCUUCGACCCGUCCACCAUCUCGGAUCCUCUCUAUGUGCUGGACCACGAGCAGAAGGACUACAUUCCACUCACAGACACUAUCUAUCAGAGCAUCCUCACUGCACAGCGCAAGCUUUGAAUGUUCUGUUAGAUGAGUCGUCUGCGGCCGUUACUGGAGUUCAAAUAUUUGAACUUGGUGGAAAAAUGUGUGGGGGUCAGGGUCAGGGUGUGUGUGUGUGUGUGUGAGUGUGUGUGUGUG